UAAAAUAAAAUAAAAUAGUUUUGGUGCUGGAGUCUACUGUGUGUCUGGAAAGGUCCAAUGUUCUAUAAAUAGAGAGGUGCAAAGUCCAAAGCUGUAGCUAGCUAGGGUUAGUUCUCAUCAUCAUCAACAAGAACAGCAGAAGAAAAAGAAGAGUCCGUAAAGGAAUAAAAAUCAACAACAGAAGAAGAAGAAGAAGAAAAAGAAGAAGAUGAUGGGGAGAUACAGGUGGUCAUCAUGGGGAGAAGGAGAAGGAGGAGGAGGAGGAGAGGGGAAGGUCGGACCUGCAUGGCUUGAAGGGCUGAUGAGGGAGACAUUCUUUGGUGGGUGUGGGGCCCACCAGAAUCAACGCAAGAACGAGAAGAACGUCUUCUGCUUGCACUGUUGCCUUAGCAUCUGCCCCCACUGCCUCCCCUUCCACCGCCUUCACCCUCUUCUCCAGGUGCGAAGGUAUGUUUACCACGAUGUGGUUCGAUUGGAUGACUUGGAAAAGCUCAUUGAUUGUUCCAAUAUUCAGCCUUACACUAUAAACAGUGCGAAGGUGAUAUUCUUAAAUCAGAGGCCACAAUCAAGGUCAUGCAAAGGGAGUGCCAAUGCUUGCUUCACUUGUGAUAGGAUUCUUCAGGAGCCAUUUCACUUUUGUUCUCUUUCAUGCAAGGUGAACUACAUGGUGUACGAGGGUGAAAGCUUGUCCACCAUUUUACAUCGAUUCGAUGAAUCUGACUUCGCAAUUUCGCAGUUCGAGGGUCUAAGAGUUGAUGGCUCAGAGGUCAUAGACGAAGAUUCCCAUUUUGCCCCUACUUCUUCCUACUCCAACACCACCGAGGCUACCAGCAAUUCCGUAAUUUCAUGUGAACCCAACAACACUUCGAAGAAGAACAAGGGCAAGGCCACUAGGUUCCUCCCUGGAAUUGUUCUCUCUCUUGGCAAUCGAAGAAAGGGUGCUCCUCAUAGGGCACCUCUCUCCUAAGUCUUCGAUCCAAUAUCAUUAUUAUAUAUAUAAUAUAAUAAUAAGC